UAUGAUGAUAAUAUUUUUUAUAAACUGUACUUUGAGCUCACGCAAGUUUGACUCAUUAACUCAGCACUAAUACACAACUCCAGUAACAUUCUUUUAUUAUUUUUCUUCUUCACAGCUCCUUCUAGCCAUUGUGCCGAUCUUCUUCUGCAUUUCACGAGUUGUUUCUUUGAGCUACGCUCUGGGCGAUCGUGUCAGUGAUGACGCCAACAGCAAUACUUUUCUGAUGGCACAACGACAACUAAAGCAACAACAACAACAAUUGCAACGCAAUUCACAGGAGCAGAGGCAUUUCGGCGAGCUUAAACCAAACAUAAAAGGUUCAAAUAAAUAUUACAAUGAAAAUGAGGAAGCAGAGGCUUCGCAUAAUUCGAAUAACAAUAACAACAAUAUGGAUUACAAUGAUUACUUGCAACAGCAGCGGCAACAACGGCUACAAAAUGGGCUUCUGAGCGUGGCUGAACCUCAGUUUAGAAAUGGAUUAACGAAAGCGAACCGCAGGCGUGAAACAGCUUUGAUGGAAAUACAGCAAAAACAAGAUGGUGAUGAAGCGGCAGUGGAAAGAGAAAAUAACAGCGAUCUUAGUGAAAUUUUUGGCAGCUUUCAGCAUGAAAAGUACACAACCAAAAGCGCUAAGAACAAGGAUAGCGAUGGAGCUGAACUUCGUGAAACCAAUGAAAUUGAAAAUGCGAUUAACUACCAUCAACCGGAGCUUAUGCGUCGGUCGACACCAACUUCAUCGUCUGAUAUUGCGGAUGAGGAAGAGCUGAAUUUAGAACUGCCGUAUGGCAUACAAAAUGUGCGCAAGCGCCAGGCGCGCCAUAAUGCAGACCAUAUUAAACCGAUCGCUUACCAGUCGCUGUGUCCCACAAAACGCAUCGCCAUACCACUAGAAACAUCCGGUUAUGAAUAUCGUCCCAGUCAAUAUAUCGAAGUUAGUUGCGCUCAUCAUACGCCGGCGCACAGUUAUGAGUUCAGAAGGAAUCGGAUUUGUUCUGAAGCUGGCUUCUCUUGUAUCCAACUAAAUCGUACCAUACACCUGAUACGACGUAAAAAAGCAACCACGGACGAAUGUUGGGAAUCGGAAAUACGCAUCGUACCUUCGGGUUGUGAGUGCAUGUGGCCGAAGCAUGACAAUGGCGAUAUUGCUGCCUAUCAUGAGACGCCAAAGCGUUUUGGUGGAUAUGCCAAUGUACAGGCAAAUGCCGAUUACGAGCAAGGUGAAGGCUAUCGACAGAUUCGACCUCAACAAGUUGAGCUAUUCGGCAUAAAUGGUUUACAUCGUGACGAGGAAAACGACGGAGUUGGUUUUGAAGCCUUCGAAUACAAUUAGGCGAACAAAAUUUUGGUUGAAAAUUGAUUUUACUGGAUUUUCGUGUUGAUCUAAAGUAUAUUUUUGGCUGGCAAUGCAGGCAGGAAGUGCAUUAAAAAGAUUAAAAAAUAUUUUUUCUUUUCCAAAAUUUACAAAAAAAUAUAUACAUACCUGCAUACAUAUUUAUAUACUACAAAUAAGAACUUUAAAAUUACAUGCAACUAGCUCAUAAGUAGAAAAUGUGCCUUAUUUAUUUUAAUUUAUUAGUAAAUGUCUAAUCUGAAGAGGCUUCUAAAUACAUACACACAUUCGUAACAUAUACAUACAUAAAUGCAUAAUAUAUGUAACUAA